UGCGCGUGCAGUGUACUUCCUCUUCAAUCGAGCGCUGAGGCAUCGGUCGGACCAUGUCAAGCAGUUCUGCGGAUUAUAACAGCUCUAGAGACAGAGACCAUGGGGGCCCUGAUGGAAUGGAGCCCGAUGGCAUCAUUGAGAGCAACUGGAAUGAGAUUACAGACAAUUUUGAUGACAUGAACUUAAAGGAAACCCUCCUUCGAGGUAUCUAUGCUUAUGGUUUUGAAAAACCAUCAGCCAUUCAGCAGAGGGCAAUCAUUCCCUGCAUUAAAGGUUAUGAUGUUAUUGCUCAGGCUCAGUCAGGCACUGGAAAGACAGCUACAUUUGCCAUUUCCAUCUUGCAGCAGUUGGAUUUAGAGCAGAAAGAAACGCAGGCUCUGGUGCUGGCUCCUACUAGAGAACUGGCCCAACAGAUUCAAAAAGUAAUCCUGGCUCUUGGUGACUACAUGGGAGCCACGUGCCAUGCUUGCAUUGGUGGAACAAACGUGCGAAACGAGAUGCAGAAGCUCCAGGCAGAGGCCUAUCACAUAGUGGUUGGCACCCCAGGACGCGUUUUUGACAUGCUGAACAGGCGAUUCCUGUCUCCUAAGUGGAUCAAGAUGUUUGUCUUGGAUGAAGCUGAUGAAAUGCUGAGCAGAGGAUUCAAGGAUCAGAUCUAUGAAAUUUUUCAAAAGUUAAGCACCAAUAUUCAAGUUGUGCUUCUCUCUGCUACAAUGCCCACUGAAGUUUUGGAAGUGACCAAAAAAUUUAUGCGAGAACCUGUUCGGAUCCUCGUGAAAAAAGAGGAGCUUACCCUAGAGGGGAUCAAGCAGUUUUACAUCAAUGUGGAACGUGAGGAGUGGAAGUUGGACACACUUUGUGACCUUUAUGAGACACUGACAAUCACCCAGGCUGUGAUUUUCCUGAAUACAAGGAGAAAGGUGGACUGGCUGACUGAGAAGAUGCAUGCUAGAGACUUCACUGUCUCUGCCUUGCAUGGAGACAUGGACCAGAAGGAACGCGAUGUGAUCAUGAGGGAAUUUAGAUCUGGAUCCAGCAGGGUGCUCAUCACUACAGAUUUGCUGGCCCGUGGCAUUGACGUGCAACAAGUGUCUCUAGUCAUCAACUAUGAUUUGCCCACCAACCGAGAAAACUACAUCCACAGAAUUGGACGCGGAGGCCGCUUUGGCAGGAAGGGAGUUGCUAUUAACUUUGUCACCGAAGAGGACAAGAGGAUCCUUCGGGACAUUGAGACUUUUUACAACACUACAGUUGAGGAGAUGCCUAUGAAUGUUGCUGAUCUGAUUUAAAUCCCUGGGCUGUUUGCUUUUAUUGAGGUGCUUACUGUUGCUCAAUAAACAGAGGUGCAUUGUCAUUAUUGUAUUGGAAAAAAUAUUUGAAUCUUCUGGUCUCAAUGCUACAAGUGGAUCAUAAAGUCCAGUUUUUGCAAACCGAAGCAAUUUUGGUCGCAAGCUCUUGCCAGGAUUGUUGUAGACGCUGUCCUCUUUACCAGUGGUCUGCUGGAGAGUGGUAACGCCAUGAGGUCUUUACAGUUAUUAUUUCAUAAGGAUUUUUUUCUUAGACAAAUAAAGGUGUGUGUAUUA